UUGCUGAUUUUAGUGCACAAGCUGUGGUAAACACAAUAUUAUAUAAAUCUUUUCCAAAUGAUCCUGUUGUAGGAGAGGAGGAUUCAAAAGGUUUGCAAGGAGAUGGCGGAAAAGAAAUGAGAGAUAAAGUUUUAUCAUUAGUUAACUCUGCGCUAGAUACUCCCUUGAAUGAGAAAGAGCUAUUAGACGCUAUUGAUAGAGGAACUUACUCUGGUGGCCCAACUGGAAGAAUGUGGACUCUUGAUCCGAUUGAUGGAACUAAUGGGUUUCUUCGUGGAGAGGAAGGUCAAUACGCAGUGGGAGUGUCUUUAAUUAUUGAUGGUGCUGUUCAUCUUAGUGUCAUAGGAAGUCCAAAUUAUCCUGUAAAUUUUAAUAAUCCUAAAGGUGAAAGAGGAUGCUUAUUUAUUGCUGUGAAAGGACAAGGUGCUUUUCAG